CCCGGUUCAAACAGACACACCGGCCUGUGAGGAAAGAAGAGGAGGAGGAGGAGGAAGAAGCAGAAGAAGAAGAAGAAGAGAGCGCCGGACCCAGCGAGAGAGAGAAAGAGUGAGUGAGUGAGUGAGAGGGUGAGAGUGGGAGACUGACAGGCGGUACCGAAACGAGACGAACCGAAGCGUCGACAUGAGCGGUCAGUUUGAGGAAGAUAUCCACGACCGGGGCGAGAGGAAGAGCAGUAAAUCCCCCACGCUGCUCUCCUCUUACUGCAUAGACAGCAUUCUGGGCCGCCGGAGUCCCUGUAAGGUCAGGCUGAUAGGGGCGCAAAGUUUGACGGCUCUGCCCGGCAGAGGGGAGCUCGACAAGACGGCUGACAGGCAAACGAAAGACUCCCUUUCUCUGAGCGCUGACAUGCACCUGCCGCCCAAACUGCGCCGGCUGUACGGACCCGGGGGGAAGUACCUCCACGACCACGCAGAGACGCUGGACAGGGAGCGGAUCCUCCUGGAGCAAACCAGCGACAGCCUCAAAAUCAGCCAGGCGCCGCAGGUGAGCAUCAGCCGCAGCAAGUCCUACCGGGAGAACGCGUCACUGAGCCGGGGAGAGGGCGACCAGAGCCCCGGGGAGGGCUCGGAGGACGGCAGCCUCGGGCUGGUAGACCUCGGCCCGCUGAAGUUCGAGGAGGACGCGGGGAAGGAGGAGAGCUGCGGGGACACGACCGCUCUGUCCCCGAAGGACGAGGAGAGGGAGAGCUUGAACGCCGGGGAUGGGGACGUAAGGGACGGAGAGGACAGCGUGUGUCUGUCGGCGGGCAGUGACUCGGAGGAGGGGAUGCUGAAACGGAAGCAGAGAAGAUACAGGACUACGUUCACUAGUUACCAGCUGGAGGAGCUGGAAAGAGCUUUCCAGAAGACGCACUACCCCGACGUGUUCACCAGAGAAGAGCUCGCAAUGCGUCUGGAUCUCACCGAGGCCCGUGUUCAAGUGUGGUUUCAGAACCGCAGGGCCAAGUGGAGGAAGCGAGAGAAGGCCGGGGUGCAGACCCACCCUUCAGGCCUGCCGUUCCCAGGGCCCCUGGCAGCCGGCCACCCCCUCAGUCACUACCUGGAGGGGGGGCCCUUCCCUCAUCACCCCCACCCGGCUCUCGAGUCUGCCUGGACAGCCGCUGCAGCUGCAGCCGCUGCCUUCCCGGGCCUGGCCCCACCACCUCACAACGGCUCCGCUCCACCACUGGCCACCCCGCUCGGCCUGGGCACUUUCCUGGGCACUGCUGCCAUGUUUCGCCACCCUGCCUUCAUUGGACCCACUUUCGGCAGGCUCUUCUCCAGUAUGGGUCCCCUGACUAGUGCUUCUACCGCUGCAGCUCUCCUGCGUCAGCCCGCACCUCCUGUAGAGAACCCCUCCCACGCGGGCCCCGUCCUCCCCGACCCGUCCUCUUCCUCCUCCUCCUCCUCCUCUUCCUCGGCGGACCGCAGGGCCUCCAGCAUCGCCGCGCUGCGCCUCAAGGCCAAGGAACACUCGGCUCAGCUCACCCAGCUUAACAUCCUGCCAGCCGGAGCCGCAGGGAAGGAGGUGUGCUGAACACUCAACACCAGCUGUAGGCCUUCACCCCCAUCCCGGGCUUACGUCCUAUUCCAUGACACCCCACCCACCUCGCCCUCCAAAAUCCCAUUCAUACCUCUGGAGGCCGACGUCUGAUGUCUCCUCGUUCAACCAUCCCUGUUACCUCAUGCUACCCCCAACAAAAUAGCACGACCAAAUUCUAAAGAGCCCUGGCUAAAAAAAAAAAAGAAAAGGAAAAAAAAAAGAAGUGUGUGUGUGUGCUUGUGUGUCUGGUAAUUACAGCCGCUUUAACCUUGUUACACACACCUCAAUGACAGUUGAGUAACUAAACAAUUUUUUUUCAUUAUUUCAAAACAGUUGAAAUUUUUUUUCAAAUAUUUCUUCUUUUAUUCUUACUGACAUUAAAUAAUUUGAGGUAAUUCAUUUCUCAUUUGAUGCCACUUUAUACUACUUCACUACUACAUUUCAGAUAGAAAUAUCCAGUGCUUUUAAUUGUCAGUUAUUAGAUAUUUUGGGUUUUACAUACAAAAUUACAAACAAAACAGAAUAAUUAACAGUGUGUUAUUAACAGUAAGAAACUGCUUACACAUCAACGCAGCAGUUAGAAUAAUUCUAAUAUUUUUUCCUGUAUGAAGUUUUUUUACUUUUAAUACUUUAAGUACAUUUUUCCUUCUAUUUUUCAGCACUUUAACUUAAGUAAUAUUUAACUAUGUUUACUGGUAACACACACACACACACACACACACACAGAAUGCUGAAGAACCACAGGGGAACCCCAGACUUUUAGAACGGAUUCUUGUGCCAAAUGUGGACAACUCGACUGUAUGCAUUGAUGUGGGCUGAGCCAGUCUGCGUCUUUAAUGAAGGCGAGUUGGAGGACCCCAUCGCCCCCCUCUCCCCUCCCCUCCGCCCCCCAGAACCAAAGGAAAACUGUCCAUAGUCCUUCCCUUCUCUGCAAGCCUGACUUGUCUCACUGCUCGCUUGUCCACCAGUCACACUCAGCACCAAACACUCCACACUGAUUUUCAAAACCUCUGAAUCAAACUGGAGUUAUGUGAGGUCGUUUGAGCGCCACAUUUCUGUAAAUCUGCUGCAAUCCGAAGACCCCCUCUGCCCCUCCUCCUCCUCCUCCUCUUUAUUAUCAUCACAGCAGUGGCAUUUCCGCUGAGUCUGACUCCAGGACAUGCGAGCAAAGCUGAGAUCUGAGAUGUGUCUCUAAUGACCUGACUGUGUGAAAGAAAGAAAACUGUACAUAUUGUGUAAAAAGAGGGGAAAAAAGUACCACAAAAAAAGGAUGAUUUCCAAAACAAGGUCGUGUAUAUUUCAGGAGACCGAGUUUUGAUAAUUUGCACUCGGUGUAGUGUUUAAUGAAUGUCGCCCUGUGUAGAAUUUCACCUGUGUUUAUGAAUUAUUAGAUUUUUAGAUAAUUAUUUAUGUCAAAACCUUUUCCCUGAGGAACUGAGUGAAGAAACGUUUUUUUUUCUUAAGUGAUUGUAAGUUUCCUGGUUUAAAUAUGCUAAUUUGAAUAAAUUACGUUGGUAAAAUGAGUUAUCUUUUAUUAUUUCAAAUUCCUUUAGGACUGACAUAGGCCUAAACCAGGAAAAAAUAAACAAUGUGAAAUAGAAUAUUAUAGAACUAUUAAUAAAAGUUGUUAUGAAGGAAAA